GCUGGUGCUGAUCGUAUUCUGUCGAGGGUGUCGCCAUUUUCGUUUUGACGAAUAUUGACAGCACGGCAGACAGACAGUGGCGCGGUCGUCGACGCAGCGUCUGCCAGACUAUUUUUAUUUUGAUUGUGAAUCAUAUAAACGAAUUGACUUAAUUUUUUUAAUCGCAGUGCAUUCAAUAGUAAUUAAUUUUGUAUUUACAAAACAAUAACUUGUGACGAGUGAUAGAUCAAUUGAGCGGUAACGAUAUUUGGUGCUAACCUCCUUCUUUUUUUACUUGUGUUUUGAGAACUGCAAGACGUGAUCGAUAUGUGCAAGAUGUAUUACAGAUGACUUUGCAUCACAUUCAGCAUCGUGUUCAUUAUCUGAUGCGGUGGCGGUGGUAGAGCGGUCGGGAUGCAGGGCGGCGGCGCGCCCGCCGCUGACGCUGACCAGGCGCAGUUCGAGGCCGACAAGCGCGCUGUUUAUAAACACCCCCUGUUCCCACUGCUGGCCUUGCUGCUGGAGCGCUGCGAGCAGGCGACGGCGGGCGCGGAGGCGCCGGCCGCGGACGCGUUCGGCGCAGACCUGCAGGCCUUCGUGCAGCACCAGCGCCGCGACCGCCGCCCCUUCCUCGUCGACGACCCGGAGAUCGACGGCCUGAUGAUUAAGAGCAUCCAGGUCCUCAGGAUCCACCUGCUAGAGCUGGAAAAGGUGCAGGAGCUAUGUCGAGAUUUCUGUGGUCGGUACAUCGCUUGUUUGAAGACCAAGAUGCAGAGCGAAAACCUUCUGAGGACGGAUUAUAGUGCUGGUGGUGUGGAAAGCAAUAAUAACUUGUCUGGGCCGAUGGACGAUCAGUCCAGUACGUCUAAUUCGCCGCAGUAUCAGUCCCCCGCGGCCCCCCUGAGCGCGGCGACCUUCCCGGCCGUGUACCCCGCCGUCACCGACCUACCCUUUGCGCCGCAUAGAGAACCACCACCUCUUGUGGUCCAGGGAUCAACACCAAUAGGACAAAUUGGUGCAGGACUACUUUCUACGGAUUCCUUCACUGGUACGAACUCCAACUCAUGUUCGUCAGUGUCUGGCUCCCCUCCCCCCGCGGGCGCGGAGGAGGAGGGGGAGGAGGGUGGAAAAAGGGGGGUGUUGCCCCGACACGCCACGCAGGUCAUGCGCGCCUGGCUGUUCCAGCAUUUAGUUCAUCCGUACCCAACGGAAGAGGAGAAGAGAUCGCUGGCGGCGCAGACGCGGUUAACGCUGCUACAAGUCAAUAACUGGUUCAUCAACGCUCGACGCCGCAUCUUACAACCCAUGCUGGAUUGUCAGGAUAAACCAGGAGGGAAGAAGAGUAAAAACGGGUCAUCAAUUAGCAAGAGGUACUGGCCGGACGCUCUCACCAACCCACAGUUUACCGCCGGUCUCCUUUCAUCAUCAGAAGAUGAGGAGCAGGAGGGGGACCACUCCGGCGAUGAGCAGGAGUCGCAGAGUGAGGAGCCCUACCCGCCCAUACAGCAACCCAUGCACUGAGCACUCGAGAUUAGAGAAAGACAACAAGUCACAUGACAGAACUCAAACAGAAACAUUAAAAAGACAAAACUGUGUAUACCAUAGCAUAUAAGUUAGAAUAGAAACAUGUAUACGUAAACAUACCUCACUAUUUUAAACUUAUAUUUAAUUAUAUAGACGCUUUUUAAUGUCUGUUAGUUUGAUUUUACGUAUUUAGUGAACAGUGUACACAUAUUUUCUUUCGACCUCAAUUUUUCUAUUCUAAAAACCGGUCAAUUGUGAGUCAGUCUCGCACCCAAAGGGUUCUGUACCAUCAUAAAAGAUAUAACACUUAAUUUGCAUGGCAACCAUUUUGAAAUUCGCCAUAUUGUUUUCUUAAUGUUUGUUGUUAUAGUGGCAAUUAUAGGGGUUAACAACUUUUCUAAGACCAAUAUGGUUGUGUAGUUGUUCCGACGUCUAUUUGGAACAAACUAUAUAUUGAGACGCAAAAGUCGAACGCAGAAACAUGUAGACUCCAUUUUUAUUAUUGAACGUAUGAAGUUUUUUUAUUGGGCUGUCUAUAAAACCCUACCCUAUGCGAGUUUUGACUCCUGGCAUGCAAUUGAUCAGUAAUUUAAUAAUUAAUUAUUAUUCUCAUAUAAGAAGAGAAUGUACACUGUUCAUUUAUUAAAACCAAGUUUGGAUACGCUCUUUGAGCUUUUGUUAACAGUAAUUUAAUAAUGAAAUGAUGAAUUUGUAAUAUUUUUCUAUAUAGGAGGCAACAUUAUAAUUUCUAAUCAGAAAGGUUGACCAUAGAUACCCAGACUCUGCUGUAAUAUUAAAAAAUAAAAGUGAAAGUUUCACAUUAAAAAAUCUUUAAAAAAAUACUUAAAUUUCAUUUUCGAAAACGUAAAUUUUAUGAGUCUUAUCUCGAAAAGUUUAUUUAUUUCGUCCAAAAUUUAAAUGAUAGAAAAUUAUAAUGUUGCCACACUUCAAAAUUUUACCUAUUUAUGGUUUAUUCUGCAGCUUUAAAAUUACAAUAAUUUUGUGACAUCUUCUUGAUAUGUAUGCAUCGUCAAUUUUCGUAACUGGUUGUGAAUAAAGUAGUUUUGUUUUUCAACCUUCACCGACUGAGCAAAAUGAAAUAGUAUAAGAAUAUUUUUUACCACGAAAAAAAACUAUAGACAAUACCGUCCAUAGACAAAUUGUAUUUAUUUGUAUAAAUAAGUUAAUAUACUCAUAUUAUUUUAAUUUCUUUUUUACAGCCGCCAUAUUAGUUUAAGAGUAGUUUUAGCAUAAACAUAUAGAAUACGAUAAAAAUGUUCUCCACUCGUGAAAGAGUGAAGAAAUUCUUAUUCUAUUUGUUUAUGAUUUUUGCGUACUUUUAAAGGGCUAUACGAUCAAAUUAUACGAUUCAAAUAAAAAAUGUAUACUCAAAGAACCUAUUCGAUUCAAAAUCUGUAUACGCGGAAAGUAAUAAUAUCGGAAAAUUUUAAAUUUAGAUGUAAAUUUUAAAAAAAUGAUUCGCAGUAUUCGAUAAACGGAAAUCGAUUAGGAUAUCGAUUUUCUUAAGUAUUAAUCGUAAGCGUAUUUUGGAGUAUUCGAUAAUAAUUACGUGCUAUCAACAGUCAUUAUAUAAAUAGCAAAACACAAAAAAUAAUGUCUUGAUAUAUAACAAACCUUAAUUUGAUUUAAAGUUAUUUUAAGAAAUAUUUGUAUUACAUAAAAAAUCAUGAAAAUAUUUCAACAAUACUAUACAUAUUUCAAAAAAUACUUACUUAAUUUUUGGUCAGCAUUUUAAAAUAGUAAUUAAUACUUAUAUUUACCACUACACCCAAUCAUUAUCUACGUAACUACGCGAUACUUUUGACAUCAAUUUUGACAACCUUUC